AUGCCCAGCGCGUUCGUUGGUAUACUCGUGGCGACGACCGUGUUCAUUGCGUUCAAGCUUCGGAAUUAUGGCCGUCGAGAGCGGGGCCUCCCCCCUGGCCCACCAACAACCCCCAUUCUGGGAAACAUCCCCCAGUUUCCUAGGGAAUUUCCUUUCCUUCAGUUCAGCCAGUGGGCCGCUGAAUACGGGGAGAUUUACUCACUCAAGGUUUUGGACCAAACCAUGGUGGUUUUAACUAGCGGUCGGGCGGUCAAGGGCAUCUUGGACAAGAACGGCCUCUCGACCAGCGAUCGGUUUAUGCCGUAUACCAUUCUUCAUACGGAGGGGAUAUAUCAAAUCUUUGACAAUGCCAGUUCGCAUAGGUGGAAAGCUAUGCGCAAAGCGACGCACACGCUGCUAGCACCUGAGGCACUACAAAGCUAUUGGGCUGUCCAGCAAACGGAAUAUCUACGGUUACUCCACGAUGUUCUUGAAUCGCCGAAGGAGAUAUGCACUCACAUCAAGCGCACCACUGCAUCCGUCAUGACAACCCUCGUCUACGGCAAAUCCAUUCCCCGCUUCGCAGGCAGCAAAGCAGAACUGUAUUUCGAAGGAACAGUGUGCAUUAGCGAGCUGGCGGCCCCAUUCGACCACCCGCCUCUUGACUUCUUUCCGAUCUUGAGGCACGUCCCGGAGCGCUGGGCACCAUGGAAGCGGUUGAGCAAGAAGGCGAAGCAAAUCCGGAAUGCAUUCGAUCAAGAUUUGUUCCUCCGAUGCGAAGAGGCCGUCCGAUCCGGCAAGCGGACGGGCUGUUCUCUCGAGAGCGUGAUAGAAUCGCAAGCUGAACUUGGGUUGAAUCGUGACGAAGUCAGGCGAGUGGAGCCUUUGCGAGACUUGGGGACAGAUCAAUUGAUCGUUUCGGCAGAGCAAUGGGGCGCGUUCUGUUAG